GACAAAAGGCGAAUCUGUCUGACGGUGGGUUGAAACCCAAUUAGAAACAGAGGAGACAUUUUGGGAAAACUGUCAGUGUCCGUGUGUCCCAGCGCCCCAAGGCAAAACAUAUAUGGUGGAAUAAACGUCUGCGGAGGCUCUUAGACUGGAAUAUUAAGGAUGUUCCAGCAGUGUGACGAGCCUCGUUUCACCAUUGAGCAGAUUGACCUCCUCCAGAGGCUAAGGAGGACAGGGAUCACCCAGGCAGAGGUCCUCCAUGCCCUGGACACCCUGGACCACCUGGACCGGCAACAUGGACACAAGUUGACCCAUAAACCUUCCUACAUACCUCCAUCAUCAUCCUUGUCUUCUUCCAACACUGUCACCGCCUCUUCCUCCAUGACUUCCACUGCCACUCAGACAAGUUUCCCAGACAACCAACUCUCACUGUCACCUAAUAACAACUUCGACACCACUUCCCUGCCCCUACCAGUUCCAGUAGCCUCACCUGUCGUCAUGGCAGCGGUAGCACAGAAUGGUCUAGUUGCUGUCAGCAAUGGGAAGCUGUCACCGCCCCGCUUUCCUCUUGGUGUGGUCAGCGGCAGUGUGACAGCACCAGGCUACGGGUUUGAGGCCGGUGAAGAGGACAUAGAUGUGGAUGAGAAGGUGGAGGACUUGAUGAGAAGGGACAGUGCUUUGAUCAAAGAGGAGAUUAAGUCCUUUCUGGCGAACAGGCGUAUUUCCCAGGCUGUGGUCGCUCAGGUAACGGGGAUCAGUCAGAGUCGGAUCUCCCACUGGCUCCUACAACAGGGAUCGGACCUCAGCGAGCAGAAGAAACGAGCCUUCUUCCGCUGGUACCAGCUGGAAAAGUCCAACCCAGGUGCCACUCUGGCCAUGCGAGCUGCCCCACUGGCUCUGGAGGACAUGAUGGACUGGCAACAAGCUCCGCCCACCUUUGGAGCUGCCCCUGGGGGCUUCCGUCUCCGGCGAGGGAGCAGAUUCACCUGGAGGAAGGAGUGUCUGGCUGUUAUGGAGAGCUACUUCAGUGAUAACCAGUACCCUGAUGAAGCGAAGAGAGAGGAGAUUGCCACUGCCUGCAAUGCUGUCAUUCAGAAACCAGGAAAGAAGCUGUCUGAUUUGGAGAGGGUCACAUCUCUGAAGGUCUACAACUGGUUUGCCAACCGCCGCAAAGACAUCAAGAGGCGUGCUAACAUUGAAGCAGCCAUCUUGGAGAGUCACGGCAUCGAGGUUCAGAGUCCAGGAGGUCAGUCCAACAGUGACGAGGUGGAUGGCAACGACUUCCCUGACCAGGGUUGUGAGGUGUCCUUAUUUGACAAGAGAGCUUCAGCCAGGCAGUUUGGUUUCAGUCGAGCUGACCUCUCCUCUCCAACCCAGGUUCCCACAUUGCUCCCCAGCUGGUUUUCCGCCCUGGGUAGAGGAGGCCUGUCUGGACAGAGGGGCACUUCUCUGAUUGGCCGCUCCCUAGUGACGGGGACGGGUCCUCAGGCAGAAGGUUCCAGAUUGACAGGCGUGUCUUGGUCUCCGCCCUCCCCUUCCCUCCAGGACGAACCCACCAUUCACAGCGUGCUGUCCGAGCCCCAGGACCCAAUCGGAUUGGAGAAGGAGGCUGUCAAUCACAGCAGCCAAGCCCUAGCCAAUCAGGUGGACGGGGCAGCGUGCAGUAUGGGAAAUGACAUCAAGACGGAAACGCUGGAGGAUGACUGAAGAGGGUGGUGGAUACCAGAGUUGUCAGAGUCAUAAAUAGAACAGGUGUGUUAAUAUGCAAGCAGAUUUUAUUGGAAUGUAAUAAGUGGAAAAAAAAAAAGACCAAAAGUCGUGUAAACGCCAACCCUGAGAUACCUCCCAACCCUACCUCCAACCACCAACCUGCUCUGCUACGCUCUUAUAGGCAUUACUAGUAUAUUAUUACAUUGAAAAUAAUAACGAUAAACUUUUAUUUGUUAAAGUCCUCCCCAGCAGACUGUGGGAUAUUUAAAAUGCAUAAAUAAUAACAAAUGCAUUCAUACAAGGAAAUACAUAUAGCAAUGUGUAUUGUUUUUCACAUUAUUUCUUUGUUGAUUUUGUUUUUACUGAGGCAUUUUAAAUCUUCCAUAGUAGACUGAGUAACAGGACUUGAUGCAUUGUGCAGAUUUCUUUGAAAAACUGCAUUUUCACAGCAGGACAACACUGCAUUUGACACAGGAUUCAAAUCAUUUCAGGGUCUUGCACUGUGAUCACAACACAACUAAACAGCCUCAAAAACGAAAUACAUCAAUUUGAAAGUUAAGUUAAUUUUAACUGAUUGUUUUAAAAUUAUGCAGCGCAUGUCAUCACAGAUGAUUACAUUUUAAAUGUUCGCUGUUGAUUCCUUCCAGUGAGAAGAACAGCAGAAUAAGAUUAGUUUUCUUUUAAAAAAAAAAAAGGAAAAAAAAAGUCAGGGUCACAUCAUGGAAACAUUACUGUGACCCAAUCCUCUCUCCCUUGCCCUCAUACAAUAAGCUCAACAUUUGGAAGCAAAGAAAGGACAUAAUAAUUUGAAUUUUACAAAUACCUAGUUGUGAAAUUUAAACACCAAGAAAUUUUUCAAUUUCAAAACAAACCAUUUUUUGUUACUUGUUUUUCAGGGUCUCAAAUUCAGAUACAAGCUUGUUCGAGCUUCUCUUUCUCGGAUCAUGUGACUAACAGAACAUAACCUGAUAGACCAGAGGUCCGAUAGAGUCCAUUUAGGAUUCAUUUCUUUGACUUGGUAGCCCAAAUGUCCACAUUUGAACAUAAAGGGGACGACUCAAUAGCUGAGUGGCACAUACCACAUGGGCCUCAAAGCCCUGAGCUGCAAGUCCCCAGUUCAAUUCAGACCAUGUCCUGCAUGUCACUCGCCUACCCUCUCUCCCCAUAUUUCCUGUCUCUCUUCACUGACACUGUCAAUUAAAGGCAUUAAAUGCCCCCCUACCCGCAAAAAAACCUAAACGGGACACCUGAAUACAGCGGUAUUUAAAUUUCAACAUUAAGAUUAGAUAUACAAUUGCACAAUUAGGUCUUCAGUUUCUAAAAUGAAAUCCAUAUGGCCUCUCUUUGCUUCCAUAUCAAUAACAAGUCAUUUCUUAAAAAGUUACUCAAUACAUAAAUGUCGACAGAAGCCAGAAGUGUCGACAGAUGUGUAUAAUAUUAGACAUCUGGACGUCCAGGUGACCAGGUGUUCUUGAUUAAUUUGUGCCCAGUAACAAAUCAGUCAGCUGGGAGGGAUUCAACAGUGUAAUAACACUGUUAUUAUUCUAGAUACUAUAGAUUAAAGAUUAAAGUGAAUACAUACAUAUAAUACAUGUGUAUGCAUACAUACACACACAUACGUAUAUACAGUAUAUUAUAUAAACUGUGAGGGUAUAUGUAUAUGUACCCUAAUCCAUUUCUAUUUACAGUAUAUAGACAUAUUAGCUUCAAAUGAGAGAAACUAUCAGUAUGAGUCUUUCUUGUUGGUGAACGGUGAGUGAAGCAUUAGCCAAAGUAUUAAGUUUAAAUUUUAUGUAUUUUCUGAGUGUAUGAUAUUCAUGGAUGGAACUAUGUAUUAGAGAUAUGCUAAUCAAAGACACAUCAGAUGUGUCAAAUUAUUGCAAGCUAAAUGCAUAAUUAUCCUUUUUAGGUAUAUCUGUGUUUAUGCUCGAUAUGCCAUGUGUUCUAAACACACACAGUCAUGUUUAAAUCCAAUUAUCAUUUUAAAUGACACUUUAUUGGAUCCAUAUCCUGGUGCUUAGAGCCCCUGCUGUUUUAAACAUUUCAUUGAUCAGUGUGAGAAUUUUGGGAAACUGAUGUUUUCCUCAGAAAGAUAAUAGUUCACAUUCAGAGACGUCUUCUUUGACUGAAACAUAAAUGUUCAAACUAAUCAAUUCAUGGAAUAUUUACCCCAGUACAGCCAUUGUAGAAGUCCAUCUGUUUUCUGCAUUAAGUUCAUCUCCACAAGGAAUUAUUAACAGUCAGGGUUUUCUCUCUUAAGCCCUUUGGACCAGAGAUACUUACACAAUAGUCUGAUAACUAGUUGGAUGAGAAACACACACAUUUUGUGUGAAAAUACAAACUGAUUAUCGGGAAACAUUACAUUAUUGUUAUACCUCCCACUAUAGCAUGCACUAUGUUUAUCUCUUUCGAAACACAGCACUGACAUAUUGUCACCUUCUAACCUUGUUAUGAAAGACAGAAAAUUAGCCUUCAUUUGGAGUUGUGUCUCUGAACACUAGACGACUUUAAGUACAACGUUCACUCUCUUUUAGCUCUUUUUUGAAGGAAACGUCUGGUUAUCCAGCUACCAAAUGUUCCACUCGGUUCACAAGUAGUGUACCGUAGGUUUAUUGUGGAUUUUUCACUGAGACAUCAGCUGGCUACAGCUUGAAGGUCGAUGAGGGUGGAGUUUGUGGGCCAGAAAAAAACCAAAACAAUGAGCUAAAUGAGGCUAAAAAGCUGAUGGUAACUUCAGAGUCAGGUUGUUGUUUUCUAUGGGCUGGCCUCUACAAGUGACCCCUCUCACAUCAUACAUACACAUUUGUGACUUUUUACAUAAUAAAAAAUUGAUUAGUGCAGCUUUAAUCCCUGAUGAGUUUCUGUUGUGAUGCUGAUUAUCAGUAUUCAAGUUCAGUGGCUGAAAUUCUAUCAGACAUUGAAACUAGCAUCCACAUUUUGUGUUAGCAUUAGCGUAUCCAGCUGCGUACAUUUUACUGUGUAGUGUGACAUAUAAACAACUGACACUAAAAACCUUGUCACUGGUUUAAAGGUAUAUAAUAGUGGCGUGCAGUAUAGCAAUUGAUAGAAAUCCCAAAACCUCAAUAACUUGCACAAGAUCAGUUGAGCUCUUCAUAAGCUUUGAUCCAACUAUACAGAACUAUUUCCAUAAUGUUACAUUUUUUUGUACUGUAUGAUUUUAAGUUGAAGUGCCUUAUUUUUUUGAUAAGACGGACUUCUACAAUGGCUGUACACACAUCACUAAUGCAAGAAAGCUAAACACAUGAUGUUCUGUAACAGCCAACACUAAAGUGGCUCCAGUCAAACUGGUUCAUCAGUGUUCAUCACCAGGUGCUUUACAGGCUAAGCUACUAGUUCAGAGUUACAAACUCGACACAAAUACCUCACUUUACCCCCCUUAGCUACAGUAUAAGCUACACCCCUGCAGGUUCCUCCACAGCUGCUUCAAUGUGAAUCAAGGUUUAGACUGAUGGGAGUAAAAACGACUGUAGAUCUGAUCUGUUCAGAGGAGACUGACAACAAACUGUGAUGAGGCUGUAAAGAUGGUUCAUGCUGGCUGACAACAGAAACGUCAGUAUCCUUUUAAAAGGGAAGUUCCCUCUCAAACUCGAGCCAAUAAAUAUUAAGUUGGAAAGUUAAGGGAAAUUCCACUCUAAAAGAGGAUUUAUAAGUUCAUCAGCUCCUGCUUCCACUAAAGUCCAUGGAAUAAUUGUAAAAUAGCUUUUUGCCCUCAUCCUGGUGGAGUACUGACACAUCUUGAGUGUUGGUGUCAGACUAAAUGUCUGAGAAAAUGUAAGUUUUGUGGUGGAAUGUCUCUUUAAAUGUACGGCAGCAGAGCUGUCCCAGGUGUCUUUGCUUUAAGCGUUUUUAAAACUCUGAGGCAUCGUUAGUCAGUUAUGUAGUUUUCUGUCUUUUGAAUUAUUUACACCAAAAUCUCAAAAUAUGCUAUCCCACUGAGGGUUAGAAAUUAUUAUUUUUUUUCCUUUUUAAUCUGCUAAGCAGGAGCAUUUCUGAGGUGAAUCUAUGGAUUCAUUUAAGACAAAGUGUUGUUCUCAGAUUAUUUCAUUUUAAAUCAUUUAAUUUGCUGCCUUCAUGGUCUUCUCAUGAAGUUGUACUUUGUUGUUGUGGAGCAGCAAAUUUAAAGUUGUUUGUCAGUGUCAUUUUCAGCCAUUACAGAACCAAAAAAAUCUGAAAGCAAAAGGGAAACAGAAAUGAAUAAAAUUAAAAACACAAAAUGUGAGUAAAAAUACACACAUGCACAAGAGACCAAAAACGAUAAACUGAAACAAAACCGUAAUUGGGUUGCUGUCUAAGUUUUAUGUAAAAUAGUUGUUUCUUGUCUCUUACACAUCGUCUGUAGGUGGGUUUCCAUCCAUGUGUUUACGUACAUUCUCAAGUUGUGCAUAAGUUGACACAGAAAAUAUUGAAAAAUCUCAAAAUAUCACAAAAAGUUCUUAUACAUGGUUGAGGUGGAAAAGUUUGUAUAUCGAUAUACGCAAAAAAGUGCAAUGAAUCUGUGUGGAGCUGUAACCUCCCUCUAAUUGUUACAUGAAACAAACGUUUCACCUUUCACCCUAUUGCACCCUCUUCUUCUGCAAUGUUGUAAUGGCACCCGACUGGAAAACUGGCGCAACCCGCUGUUUGUCUCAACAAACCAACUCUCAUAACUGUAGUGGAUGGAAAUGCACAUGAAUUUAUGGAUGGAAACUUAGCUAGUUGCACAAUUUUCUGUCUCAGAUUGUGGCCCUGUUUAAACAUGGAGUGACCUACUUUUCAUCAUUAUUACAAUGAGAUGUUCAGGUCAAGCAGACAAACUGCUGGGUGGAAGUGUCUGAGGUGAAUCUUGUCAUGUGUCAAUCAUUUGUUAAGGGCCACUAGGACACACUGCAGUUUAAAAACGGGCCUAAAAACCUGAUCGAUACAGGAAAAAAAAAAACAUAACAACUAUUUCACAUAAUAAAACCAAAACAGCUUCAUGACAGCAACCUCACAAUCUACUCUGUUUGUCGCUUACAGGUUUCCUUCCUGUUGAUUGGUCUUGUUUGUUGACUACAUUUCAUUUUCAUUUUGCUUUCAGUUUUUUUAACCAAAAGUGGCUCCAUAAUUUUUGUGCCAGAAAGUGUGUAUUCAUAUUACAACCAUCUUAAAAUCACUCAAAGUUAUCUUGACACAGAGACAAGAAUACCGUAAAGGACACAGAAAGCCUUUGCUAUUCCAGCUGUGUUCAUCCCUGUGUCAGGCUGCUCAUGUGCUGACGGCAGCGUGUUGUGUCUUCUUCAUUGGUUAAAAUGCAGUUGUACCAUCUGCCUUCAGUCCUCUGUUGCCUUGUUGUACUGCUCUGUUUUGAAAUGCUGUGCUUCCUUUGCUGGUUCUUCACAGCAACAAAGCAGCUGAUGAUUCAGAUCAGAUCUAAUUUUACACCUGGAACACCUGCACAUGCACCCGGGUACUGACUAUUUCCUGAUCACAUUUACUCUCCAAUUACUGUCCCAUAACAUACACAGUAGAGUAAAUAUUUGUCUUAGUACUGGAUCUGAUUUGCUUCCAUUGGCACAGAGUGAGGGUGCAUGUCGGGUUGCAGAGGUUUGAUCUGAUCUGAGAUCUGCUGCAGGGGAUCUGGUGUCAUUGUGGUUUCAGUCAGUUCAUGCCUCAGGACCAAAUGUUGCUGUUGUCCUCCUACAUCAGUCAAUAUCGUCAACAUGAGAUGCAGUAUGACAUUUGAAGAGUUAUAUUCCAAAAUGCUGUAUUUAUUUAGGUUAAAAAAGGACAUUUAUCAUCCAUGCAUUCAGUGUAAAUGUAGAUGUUUCAGUCUUAAUGUUCUCAUUUAAUAAGCCAAUGACUUGAAAUACUACAAAAAAAACAUGUUCAAACAUUUUAUCAGUCAUGUAUAAAGAAGCGUUUUUUCUCUUCUUUAACCCCAACACAGUUUCCAUUUCAUUCUGGCAAUAAACUCUUCAAUAAUUCUCUGUAAAAUGAAAAAUAUCAAACCUCUGCAGGAUGUUUGUUGUAGCAGUUUGAAUUGAUAUUUUUUUUAAUCCCCUCUUAUUCUCUAUUUCAAGAUUUAGUGCCUUUUUUGGACAGUAGACUGUUCUGUAAACGCAAUGUAGGAAAUCUACAUAUGCCUUUUGUUACUUUUUCAUCUGUUGGAUAAACCUUAUUUGUUAUUUUUAAGGUGUGUUUUUAUUGAUAUUCUAUUUACAAGGGAAUAAAAACUGAGUCCACGCA